AAUUUCCGGAAAGUCUUGAGGAAUUUCAUAUUGAACAAUGGUCCUAAAGAUACCAUGAUAAGUCAAUUAAGAGAUGAAAUUAUGAAUGCAGCUGGAGAUAAAAAAGAACCUAUAGAAAACAUAUUGGAUUCUUGGUGUGAAUUUAUCUCCGUUCCUACUCUUGCUGUCACUCAUGAUUAUGACGCAAGCAAAGCAGUUGUUACUGAGCCUCGAUUUUUUCCUGGUCUAAAGUCCCAUCGUUAUUGGUUUCCUCUAAACUGGGCAAAUGAACAAGAGCUUGAUUUUGAAGAUACUUCGGUUAGUCAGUGGUUCGACGGAGGCCUUAUGAAGACUGAAAUUCCUGUGACAGUUCCUGCUGAUCGGUGGAUAAUCGUCAAUAAACAGCACUUUGGUACCUAUCGAGUUACUUAUGACGAAAAAAAUUGGAAGAUGAUUGUUAAAUACCUGAAUUCAGAUAAUUAUUCCAAAAUUCAUAUCUUCAAUCGUAUCCAGCUAAUUAAUGAUGCAUUUACUAUUGCCGAUUGGGGAUUCCUGGACUACUCUAUACCGUUUGAGCUGGCAAAGUAUCUCUCUCGUGAAACAGAAUUUGCCCCUUGGACGGCAUUCCUCCAUUACAUCGAGCAGCUGUAUAGUGAAUCCCCUCUACGUGUUUCCCCGUACUGUGAUAAUUUCAAGAAAUACGUUUUGGUGGUGACUGAUGAGUUGGAAAAACGUAUUUUGCUUGCCGAUGAAGCUAAUGAUGAUUUCACCACUAGACUUUUGAGAAUUUCUUUGGUGAGUGUAAGAUGCAUCUUUGGCUCGAGUGCCUGUGGAAAUUAUGCGCUUACAAAACUCAAAAACUGGUUCAAAGAUCCUGAUAAAUAUCCAAUUUCAGCUGAUAUGAAAGAUGUAAUUCUCAAAAGUGGAAUUCGUUUUGCGGACGAGGAUACUAGGGACAAAUUGUGGGAUAGAUAUCAAUUAAAUUUGCAAAGCCCAGAAAAUAAAAAAAUUGAUAUGGACCGUAUGGAAAGAUGGCAAACCAAUAAAGAAGAAAACAUUCUUAAUGCUCUUUCUUGCACUCCAAACUUUGAAUUACUCAAAAAAUUCAUAAUGUGGGUCCCAGAAAAAGUUUUUGCUGACAUAAUUCCACGUUUCUGGUUCUAAAAUAUUAAUCUGUUGAACGAAAAAGGCGUUGAUGCUAUAUUGGACGUUUUGGAAUCCAAACCUACUAAAGAAAAUGAAGAUUAAUUUCUCCAGAUAUCGUGA